CAUUGCUUGUUCUGCUUUGUGACGGUGGUUUGACGAUGUGAUUCCCGAUGAAAAUCUCUGUUAGAGCGAAACGCUGCUCAAUUAAAAUUGCUGGAAGCCAUUAGUCUGUGUUGAUGAUUACGCCGUCAUUUGACCUCACCGGGAGAGGGCAGCAGUCUAUGGCAGCAACACGAAGGAGGAGGAAAAGACGUCAGAUUGGGAUGUCAUCAUAAAGCGACCAUUGCUGUUACGCACGAGGAUGAUGAACUCUUUAUUAAAACAAAGUGUUUCAGUGAUUAUUUUGUAAAACAAACUGUACAGAAGUACUAAUAUAGCUUUAAAAAGCGGGAUAAAUCAGAAAUGGCCGAGUUUUCGUCACUGGGUCUCUCAGACUGGCUGGUUAAGCAGUGUAAACAGCUGGGGAUCAACAAACCCACUCCUGUACAGGAGAACUGCAUGCCAGCGAUACUACAAGGUCGGGACUGUAUGGGCUGUGCUAAAACAGGAAGUGGGAAAACGGCAGCAUUUGUGCUGCCAGUGCUGCAGAAGCUGUCAGAGGACCCAUAUGGCAUCUUCUGCUUGGUGCUCACUCCCACCAGGGAGCUUGCCUAUCAGAUUGCAGAGCAGUUUCGAGUCCUGGGGAAGCCUCUGGGUCUGAGAGACUGCAUCAUCGUCGGUGGAAUGG